CAGUCAGUCCAGCCACAAGCUUCAGCUCGCUGCCAGAGGCUACAGACACCUGCUAAUCACCCUCUGGAUUCUGAGAAGUUCCUAUUCUUCUGUAGAGAUGUCAGGUCAGGGGACAUCCAGCAAGAGAAACCCCUCCGAGCCGGAACACCCUCUGAGGUUGCUGAGUGCUGAGUACACCCAUGCGAUGAAGCUCAGGGACCGGCAGAGUUUCUUUGAAGAUGUGUUCCAGCCUGAUGCAGACUGCUGCAUCCCCAGAUCAUACUGGCAGAUCAAGCCACAGAGGCCACCACUGGAAAGUGUUUCCUCAAUGGAAGUUAAUGUGGACAUGUUGGAGCAGGAGGACCUCUUGGACAUGCCUGACCACGAAGUACUUGAUGACUUCUUCAAUUUCAACAUGGAUGGCUUUGAGGUAUCUGCACUGUCAGAAGAACAGUUUUAUAAUAGUCAGAUUACUCUUAAAGGUCAAAAUUCUUCAGAAAUAAAAUCCAGGAUGUUAUCCAUCUCCUCUCAUUCCACGGACCCAAAGAGCCUGAAUUCAGCCAGUGGAGCCGAGACACCAACUGUUCAGUCAGAUGAGGAGGACGUCCAGGAUGACACUUCUUUAUUUACAGCAAGCACAGACCAGGACAUUGUGACACAAUCUGGAAAGGAAAGCUAACAUUGAAUGCCAGCACCUGACAGAGAACAGCACAACUGAAGUAGAUGUGCAAAUAUCAAAGGGGAUAGGAGCAGGAGUGAAUAGAAAUGUGUUUUUUUUACUAUUGUUGCACUAAGUUAAAAAUGACACACGGAUUCCCAAUAACAUAGCAAAUCUUAGCCAAAGAGGGAUUCUGUCAUCCACAGACUGCCAAUCACACACAGACUCUGGCACACACAAGGACUCCCACUUAAAAACGGAAUCCUAGUCACAUACUGAUCCAGUUAUGCGUGAAGUCAGAGUAUCACAGUUCCAAUAAACAGACUCUAACAUAGCCAACAGAUAGUAUUUUUGUUGCAUGUAGGAUAUAGAUAGAUUCAGUCAUGCCUGUAUCCAAGAUCAUUGAUAUAAACACUAAUGCUUUGAUACAGAUAGAUGCCAACAUUUAUGGAAGGAAAAUCAUAUAGACUCAUUCAUUCUUAUACCAGUACCUUAAGGAGACAAUUCCUUAUGGGGCUAUUAACAUUUGGAGUAAUAUCAGAUGAUGCCAAUCAGGCACUAGGCAACAGCACAGGUUACUGAUCUGAGACAGGUUGUAACACGAAAGCACUAUUGAGGUUCCAAUACAGAAUAUUAAAUGAAUUUUCAUUACAAAGAAGUGAUACCUCAAAAUGUGGCUUAAGGAAGAGAACUGAUUGUUUGUUGGAAC